GUUUCAGCAGGGUGGGAUUUCUCAAAUAAAAUAUACCUAUCAUCAGGUAAAUAUUAAAUUCAUAGCUACAUAAAAUAUUGGGUUUCUAUUGUAUUUUUUUUUUUUUUCAGCAGGGAUGGUGGAUAUUAUAUUGUUUUUGUACUGAUUUUGCUGCUGUGCCAACCCUCUGUAUUAGCUCAUCUCUAACAGGGUUCCGGCUUGAUAGUAAUUCUGACCCUGACCUAUUUGUACUACCAUAAGGAUAUGUUUUUUUCUAAGCACUGCAAGUUUCUGUGGAUAAGGGGUCUGCCAAAUGCUGUAAAUGUAAAUUUAUUGUAGUCUCUAAAUAGAAAUAAAAACAAUGCAGUCUUGCUGGUUUGUAAAAAUACAUACAUAAAUAAAUUCUUUUCCAUCUUACUUUUCUCUGUACAAGUGCACAUUGUGUCCAGUGUUUGACCUGCUUAUCUGCAAUGAGCAGAGGAUGGAUAGGAGGAGAAGUAGUUAUCAGUACUGGAGCUGCUGUUUGUCCGGAAAUCAUUCUGUCAAUGGCCAGUUUUAGCUCAUCAUCUCAGUGAUGCUAUUUUAUUUCCACUACGUUGUUAUACAGUUAGUAAACACCCUUUUAAAGUGUGAUGCUUUGCCAUUAAAUACAGACCUCUAAGCUAGCUAAGCUAGUUUGGUUGUUACAGUGGGGUAACUACAGUUAGUUAGUAAACCGGGACAGAGACAGAGGGAGAAGAGAAGAGAAGAGAAGGGGGAAGAGGGAGGUUAUUAAGGGAUUGCCCACUCCCCCUCCUCUUCCCUGUGGUUCAUGACCACAGCUGUAUUUACACUCUCUCUCUCUCUCUCUCUCUCUCUCUCUCUGUGCUUAACAGAUUGUAGACACAAAACCAAGCAAGAACGAGCGGGUUACUUUUGGAUUAAAACUUUUUUUUUUUUGCGACAUUAUCGGAGUUUGGAGCGGGUUUUUUCCCCCCUGGGAAAACUUGGUCUCCUGUGAGCCUGAGCUCAUCCACACACCUUCAUCCAGUCUAUACAGAAUCACUAAUGCUGCUCUGCAGCUAAGUAUGAAGUCAAGGUGGCUCUGUGUGGUCCUUUUUCUUUUGGGCUCUGUAUGUAAUCUGACAGAGUGCUUGGACCCCAGGGAUCCCAAUGUGUGCAGUCUAUGGGAAAGUUUUACCACCUCUGUGAAAGAGUCGUAUGCUCAGCCAUUCGAUCAGGUUUAUGAGGAGCCCUGCUCUGAACCCUGGAGCGCCAACAAAUGUGUUCGACACCGGAUAACAUAUAAAACAGCUUAUCGGCAGUCAGUGAAAAUGGACUAUCGUAGGAGGUAUCAGUGUUGCCCAGGAUUCUAUGAAAGCAGAAACAAAUGUGUUCCACGCUGCACCAAGGAAUGUGUCCAUGGAAGGUGUGUCGCCCCGGACCGCUGUCAGUGUGAAGGUGGCUGGAGAGGAGACGACUGUUCCAGUGCAUGCAAUGCUCUGCAAUGGGGCCCAGGCUGCAGCAAACAGUGCCAGUGUCAGAAUAAAGGCCUGUGUGAUGUCCUGACUGGAUCCUGUCUCUGCCCUCCAGGCUACACCGGCUCACACUGCCAGGACCCCUGUCCAAAGGAAUACUUUGGGCCUGGCUGUGCACAGCAGUGCCAGUGUGGAACAGGCGGCUCAUGCAAUAAAGAAACAGGAGAGUGUGUGUGUAGAGAAGGAUUUACUGGGACAUUAUGUGAUACUCCCUGUGUGAGGACAGGCCGGUGUGCACCUCGCUGCUCGUGCCAGAACGGAGGCAUCUGCCAGGGGAAAGGAGUGUGUCUGUGCCCACCGGGAUGGACAGGGCCAGUAUGUACAGAACGAUGUCCUAAGGAAAGAUUUGGCAUAAAUUGUUCUAAGGAGUGCUUGUGCCAUAAUGGUGGUCACUGUGACCCAGAGAAGGGACACUGUCAGUGUGCUCCUGGCUUCACUGGUGAGAGGUGUAACGAAGAGUGUGCAGUGGGGAGCUAUGGGCAGGACUGUAAGGGUGUGUGUGACUGUACUAAUGGUGCACGCUGCUAUCACAUCGAUGGCGGCUGCUUGUGUGAGCCGGGCUUCAGGGGACCCCAGUGCUCUCAGAGGAUGUGUACUGAUGGAGCCUUUGGCAUGCACUGUGAACAGAACUGCCUGUGUGACCGCCAACACACUCUCAGUUGUCACCCAUUGAAGGGAGAGUGCACAUGCCAGCCUGGGUGGGCGGGGCUCUUCUGUAACGAGACCUGUGCUCACGGAUACUAUGGGAAUGGUUGCCUGGAGCCCUGCCUGUGUGUGAACGGUGGGGUGUGUGAUACUGUCAGCGGUUUGUGUCAGUGUGUGCCGGGAUACACAGGACGCCACUGUGACAGGCACUGUGAGAGUGGCUUCUAUGGAAAAGAUUGCUCCUUUGAGUGUACCUGCAAAAAUGCUAUUUCCUGCUCUCCUGUAGAUGGAACAUGCUUCUGUAAAGAGGGGUGGAGGGGUCCAGACUGUUCCAUUCCAUGUUUAGAGGGGACGUGGGGUCCAGGCUGCAAUGCCACAUGCCAGUGUGCUAACAACGCUCAGUGCCACCCAGCCGAUGGUUCCUGCACAUGCACGGCUGGAUGGAGAGGAGAUCUGUGUGACCAGCCCUGCCCUGUGGGAAACUUUGGCCCAGGCUGCCAGCAUAAAUGUGACUGCCUCCAUGAUGAAGGUUGCCAUAGUGUUACAGGACAGUGCCAGUGUCUGCCAGGCUGGACGGGUCUGCGUUGCACAGAGCAAUGUCCACAAGGUCGAUGGGGCCGUCAGUGUAAUCAGAGCUGCUCGUGCCUCAACAGCGCCUCCUGUCUGCCACACAAUGGGGUCUGCAUGUGUAAGCCUGGCUAUUGGGGAUCUCAGUGUCAGCAUGUGUGUACUCAGGGUGUCUAUGGGGAGAAGUGCAGUCAAACUUGUCCUGCCUGUGUCCACUCCACCUCAUGCCAUCACAUCACAGGCCAGUGUGUGUGUCUACCGGGCUAUACAGGACUCCUGUGUGAGCAAGUGUGUCCAGUUGGUCACUUUGGUAAGCAGUGCAGUGGUGUGUGUAGGUGUGCCAACAAUGCCACAUGUCAUCAUCAGGAUGGAUCAUGUCACUGUCUCCCGGGUUGGACUGGAUCAGACUGUUCUGUGUUGUGUAAAGCAGGGACAUUUGGGACUAACUGUAAUCAGAUGUGUUCGUGCUCCCCUAACCAUUCAUGUGACCCUCACACUGGUGCAUGUCUGUGUGAAACUGGAUCCGGAGUGGACUGUGCACAAGAGCGAGUGGUGAGCGUGAUGGUGCCUGUGUCUCCAGUGGAGAAAGACUCUUGGGGGGCGAUUGUGGGCAUUGUGGUCCUGCUGAUCCUGGUGCUGUUGCUGCUAACACUACUGCUGCUCUAUUACCGACGCAGACAGAAGGACAAACAGAGCAACACACCCACGGUGUCUUUCUCCUCCACCCGCAAUGUCACCUCUGAGUACGCUGUGCCAGAUGUUCCACACAGCUACCAUCACUACUAUUCAAACCCUAGCUACCACACCCUGUCCCAGAACAGACUUCCUUUACCCCAAAUCCCUAAUAACCAGGACCGGCUUAUCAAGAACACCAAUAAGCAGCUGUUCUAUAGUCUGAAGAAUAUGGAGCGGGAGAGAAGAGGCUUAUUUGGAAUGGAAACUAAUGCUACUUUACCUGCUGACUGGAAACACCAGGAACCCCCUAAAGACCAAGGAGCAUUUGGAAUUGACCGCAGUUAUAGCUACAGUGCCAGUUUUGGGAAAUACUAUAACAAACAAUUGAAGGACUCCUGCAUUGCUGUGAGCAGCAGUUCUCUAAACAGUGAAAAUCCAUAUGCCACCAUUAAAGACUUGCCUGGUCUUCCUCCAUGCCCUCCUGAGUGCAGCUACAUGGAAAUGAAACCUGCUGUGCCUCCUGAGAGAUCCUACACAGAGCUCCGACAUCCAGUCCUUCCUUCCACUAGUUUCUCCUGUAGAGAACAAUGUCCUCUUGGAAAUGUUCUGGAACAGGAUCCUCAGAACCAUUACGACCUGCCAGUCAACAGUCACAUCCCGGGACAUUACGACCUGCCACCAGUCCGAAGGCCUCCCUCGCCAUCACCACGCAGACAGGCCAACUAAUCACAGCCUCAACACACUUGAAUGGGUUAAAACACAAUGGCUGCCAUGUUCCUAAAGCACAACCACUGCCAGUUUCACCUCUGUAUUUUCCAUACAAAGUAGAGAGGGUAAAAAACUGCUCCUGCAUGGACAGGGGAUUAAUAGAGGAAUACACUUGCCCAACUGUAUGUCAACUCUAAGAUCAGCAUUUGGGUAAAGUGAACUGGUUUCUAUAACUUCCUGCAGCAGCACAACACUGCCAUCUGAUGGACAUUGAAUUCAUUUUUCAACACAUGUAAAUCUUGUAAAAGGUUAUAAAGGUUGUAAAUGCUUUUCAUUUUAAUACUGAGUUAUGGUUUCAUGUUACUUGGCCCUGCUGAAAAAAGAACAGUGGUAACCAUCACAGAAAUUCUAAUGGUUUCUUCUACAAAUACCAUUACAAACCAUCAGCUGUUAACCAUUAAAACUAUCACCAUUAUUGGUCUUUAAAUGGUAUCCACUAGAUAUAGCGUGCCACCAAUAGAAAGUAACAAAUUACCAGUACAGACCCACCGGGACCAUUAUAGUUUCCAUUAAAACCAAUACAAUUCCCAUAAUAACCAUUACAAAUUCUAUGAGGGUUUCUAUUGUUUGUUUGUUUAUCAGCAGGGUGGGAAUUCUCAAAUAAAAUAGACCUAUCAUGAGGUAAAUAUUAAAUUCUCAUCACAGUUACAUAAAAUGUGUCUUUGAAAGCUUAUACAUUAUGGACCACAUUUACAUUUGUAGAAUCUCAACUUUCAAUGUCAGCUGAAUGUAAUCCUUCAAGAAUUGUAAAUACUGUAAAUAAACUGGAGGAGAUUUUUAUGCA